UUAGAGAUGCGGGGAGAAAAGGAAAUUGGUUGUCUUGGAGGGCGAGAUUCACUUCCAUGACUAUGGAUGCCGAUUGUUGAUCCAGGUUUUCUCCCUUCUUUCUUCUCAUCUUCUUCAACUUUCCUUCUUCUUUGCCUCCCCCUCCGCCGCUCGCCGGAAUCCCUAACCCUAACCCUAACCCUAACCCUAACCCUCGCUUUCCUCUUUCGUUUUUCUGCGUUCUGACCAUGGAGUUCAAGUUCCGUGCCGGCGAUCCCCGAUCUCCGCCACCGCCGCUGCAGUGUGCUUCUUCUAUGCCGCCGCUUCAGUGUGCUCCUCCUAUGCCUCCGCUGCAGUGUGUUCCUCCUAUGCCUCCGCUGCAGUGUGCUCCUCCUAUGCCUCCGCUGCAGUGUGCUCCUCCUAUGCCGCCGCCUGGUUUCUGUUUACCUAAGCAAGGAUUUCCAGACGCCUAUCUCGGACGAACCACGAACAUGGCAACACUGAGAACGCCGUUCGAUACCAACGAGGUAAUGCACUGCGAGAUGGAGUUGAUGCGAUUGAGACAAGAGAAAUUGGUGCUGGAGAUUGAACGGCAGCGAUUUCUGGAAGAGGAUGCGAGGAGAGAACUGAUGUUGUUCGAACGAGAGAGAGCGAUUCGUGAAGUUGCGCAGUCAGUGGGAUAUCCUUUCCGACAGCCCCAACCAUGGGGAGUGCCAUUCGCUGCGGCGGGGCCUUCUCUGUCUCCGUCACCGGCGGUAAUGGUGCAAUCAUUCCAAGAAUGGCAGAGAAUGGAUAAAGCAAAAAGUUCCGAAUGCCUAGGGUUUGGUCCAGCGGCAUUGCCACCACGGGUUCAGCCGUUUAUGGCGGAACACUAUAGGGAGCGUCAAGUACUACAGCCUGAUGAAAACAAACUCAUUGUACUGGAAAAACCCGACCCAAAUGUAUUUAGAGAAAAGAGAAAGGCCGAGAUGGCAUCAACGUCUUCCGACAACGUCCAAUCAUCUUAUAUGAAGAAGACUCCAAAGGGCGAGUUGAGUUGUGCACUGUGUCAAGUUACCGUGACAAACGAAAAGGUCUUUAAUGAACACCUUCAUGGCAAGAAGCACAAGCGCAGAGAAGCUGGUCUGAGGGCUCAAAAUGCAAGCAAACUUUUCCAGGCUGCACCACCCGAGCCAUUAUCUAACAAAAGGAUGAAGCUGGAGAAAACGUUUGGCUCUGCAGGUGCAAUCGAACUAAAGGAGUCGAAAGAUGGAGAAACUCUUCAAGGUGAGAAAACUGAAGGUAGUUUUGUCACGAACGCAUUAAUUCCGAACUUUCUGGAAUCAGAUGACAAAGAGGAUAAUGAGCAACAGAACCAGCAGAACCAGAACAAUAACCUGGAGAACCUUCUGAAAUCAGGUGAAAAAGAGGAUGAUAAGCAAGAGAACCUGCAGAACUUUCUGAAAUCAGACGACAUGGAGGAUAAUAAGCAACCGAACCUGCAGAACAUUCCGAAAUCAGAUGACGAGGAGGAUAAUAAGCAACAGAGCCUGCAUAACCCGAACCUGCUGAACUUUCCGAAAUCAGAUGACAGGGAGGAUAAUAAUCAACAGAGCCUGCAUAAACCGAACCUGCAGAACUUUCCAAAAUCAGAUGACGGGGAGGAUAAUAAACAACAGAGCCUGCAUAACCCGAACCUGCAGAACUUUCCGAAAUCAGAUGACGGGGAGGAUAAUAAUCAACAGAGCCUGCAUAACCCUAACCUGCAGAACUUUCUGAAUUCAGGUGAAAUAGAGGACGAUAAUAAGCAACAGAACCUGCAAAACAUUCUGGAAUCAGGUGACGAAGAGGAGGAUGAGCAACAGAACCUGCAGAACCUUUUGAAAUCAGGCGAAAACGAGGAUAAUACGCAACAGAACUUGCAGAACCAGAACCUGCAGAACCUUUUGAAUUUGCAACAGAACCAGGCAGUGUUUGGGCAAAACUUUACCACUGAGGACCUUCUUGCGGCGAAAAAGAAGUUUAAGUUUUGGUGUAAAAAGUGCAAAGUUGGUGCUUAUGCUGCAGGCGUGAUGGUUGCUCAUUUGAAUGGGAAGAAACACCAAGCAAAUCUUCAACAACCUGAUCAAACUUGGACAGGGAGGCCAUUUUAGCUUUCAAGAAACCUGAGAGAGAUGCAGAUGUAGAUAACUGGACAAAAGAAGAGGAACGGUCGACAACAGGUAUUGCCCGUUGAUUAGCGGUAGGGCGGUUUAGAAUGACUUUCUAAAUACUUUUCAAGCUUUUCAUAGUCGAAAAUGGAUUUUCAAAAUCGUAGGAGGUGCAUGGUUCACAGCCGAAGUCUCGAGAGUCUCGAGAGCCUCGAGAACCUCUAGUAAGUUGGCCGUUUAUUUAGUUAAUAUAUUCCCAUCUUACUUCGUUAGUACUAAAUUAUCCUUUACUUGCUCUUUUUAUGGAGAAAAAGGCUUGCCUGUAGCAGCCAUACAACCAACUAACCCAAAGCUAGUAGCUUUGUACAAGUUAGAGUGGUUGGCUUAGCCAUAAACAAGCCUUUGACGAUAUAAGAAAGAGUAAGGGACUGCAUUUGGCUUGAGAAGGGUAAAACAAGAUAUUGUGAAUAUAUUUCCUUAAUUAUCGUCUCCAUUUUGGUUCGAGAACGGUUUUUCGUAGCAUGAAUCGAGAAUGUCGAUGAACAUGUUCGAAGCUAUAAUUUAUAGUUCUAUAUGGUCAAAUUGUUCUCGUCCUA